ACGUUUCAUUUAUCGUUCAAGUGGCAUUUUGUACAUGUGUUUCACAGAAAAUGUAAUAAAAUAAGCUGGUUUCAUAAGUUAUAAUGAAAAUCGUGUCAAAAUCUAUUAGAAUUAAACAAAAUUUCAUACAAAUUGACUGAAAGGUCGACAAAGAAAUGGCAAUCCACAAGACGCGUCACUACGUAUGCGGUGGUUGAUGCAUGCCGCAAUACGAAAUUAUGGUAUAUAUACAUAACAAACUAUAAUAACAUAAUUGGUGCAUUCUUCCGUACGAUGAUGUGUUCACAAGAAGAAUCCCACGAGAACUGAAAAUAAAGUAUGCAAUUGGAGAAUUUGUUUAGUUUCCACUUGAAACCCUCGAAAAAAAAAUCGGUUUAAAAAUGCUCUGUUUUCAAAACAAAUUCGAUCUUGUUUUGAUUUGUGCGUCCGCAUGCACAUGCACAUGCACACGGCAUCUCUUUCUGACUUUCUCAUGUGUGCGAGCAGUACGCGAAGCUGUCAAUGCACACAAACGCAUACAAGCGAGUCAACUCUUUGUCUGGAUUGUUGUUUUUUCAACGCGUAUUUAAGAACUCGAAUCAAAUUGUCAAACGGCAUGCGGACGGCGGGUAUGCAGUGUGUGCGAUAUAUAGCCGAAGCGUUGAACGAUGAUUUCAGUAUUUGCAAAAUAGUCGUUGCCUACAGACGCCGUGCUUUGUGCGAUACGAGUGCGAAGAGUGUGAAUUGUGUAGUUGUAGUCACUUCAGUUGUUCAUUACUUUGCUCAAUAUUUGUUUUUUGUUGUUGCCCCAAUGACAAUUAUUCGGUCGUAAUAUUUUUAAAUGCAUCUUAGUUAAUCUGACGAAACAGAAAGAAAAGAACAAUUUCUUUUUACUGCGAUCAAUGUGCCUUUUUUUGUUAAUAUAAUAACGACGAUAGGUAAUUAUUUAUUACAUGUGUAGCAGUUAGUGAGCUGACUCUCAACAAUUAUGCAAUUAAAAAAUUCGCACAACAUCAUCACAGCAGCAACGACUUACACCACAACGACACGGAUACAGCGUACAAAUAAAACAGCGACAAAUUAAAACGGUUGUUACUUUUCUGUUGUUUCUCUAUUUAAUCAAUGAAUAACCUUGAAGUGAAUUGUACAAAGAACACCGCAGUGCAAACAAUAAGUUUACGGCGACAAAGAGAUUUUGAAGAUAUUUCAAAGUGAAGCGAAUCGAAAACUGUGUACAUGGUUUUAAGUUGCAAGAACGAACCAAAAAUAUCAAGAAUAUUUAGUGUUUUUGACAAGUUGAGUGAUUGAAGCGUGAGUUUUUUUUUUGUGUGGUAAAAACAAAUAGGACAGAAAAGCCGAAAACAAAAUUAACGAUCAACGGACUGCCACGUCGUUGAGUGAGUGUUUGCAGCGACAGAAACUUAAUCGAAAACCCACAAAAUGACAGUCACAUACACAGCCGAAGUUGCAACCUGUAGAGGAUUCGGUUGCUUUUUAAAACUGCUUUUCAGAUGGCGCGGAAGCAUCUACAAAUUAGUUUGGUUAGAUUUAGUAUGUUUUCUAUUUUUGUACUACACAUUAAACAUAAUCUACCGUACAGCAUUAGAUGACGACCAAAAAAAGAUUUUUGAAGAUAUCGUGAAAUAUUGCUCAACAUAUAGCAAUUUGAUUCCAUUAUCAUUCGUCCUCGGUUUCUAUGUCACAGUGGUGAUGACACGAUGGUGGAAUCAAUACGUGAGCAUUCCAUGGCCAGAUACAUUUGCUGUAUUCGUUAGUGCCAACAUACACGGCCAGGAUGAACGAGGUCGUUUGAUGCGACGAAUCGUGAUGAGGUAUGUCUGUCUUUGUCUGACAAUGGUCUUGUCAAACGUAUCACCACGUGUGAAGAAACGGUUUCCGACAUUACAGCAUUUAGUUGAAGCAGGUCUCCUAGAGGAGAAUGAGAAAUUCAUCAUGGAAUCGUUCAACUCAAAGUUCACCAAGUAUUCCAAGCAUUGGAUGCCAAUUGUGUGGGCGUCAAGUAUAAUUACGCGAGCGCGCAAAGAAGGCCGAAUCCGUGAUGAUUUCGCUGUCAAGACAUUAAUUGAUGAACUGAAUAAGUUUCGUGGUCAAACGGGCUUGUUAAUCUCGUACGAUACCAUAAGCAUUCCAUUGGUGUACACUCAAGUCGUGACACUGGCCGUCUAUUCGUUUUUCUUGACAUCAGUAAUGGGUUCGCAGUGGUUCGAGAACAAACCCGUUGCCGAAGGCGUGAUCAAUCGAGUCGAUUUGUACUUUCCCGUGUUCACAAUGCUACAGUUCUUUUUCUACAUGGGAUGGUUGAAAGUGGCCGAAUCGUUGAUAAAUCCAUUCGGUGAAGAUGAUGACGAUUUUGAAGUGAACUGGAUUAUAGAUCGUAAUCUUCAAGUAUCAUACAUGAUCGUCGACGAAAUGCACCACGAACAUCCGGAACUCAUCAAAGAUCAGUAUUGGGACACAAUUUUACCAUCGGACGAUCUUCCAUACACGGAAGAAAAUCUUCGCGAGCAACAUCCACAGCCAUCGACCGCAAACAUUGAAGCACCGAAGCGAACGUUCACGCAGUCAUUGUUUAAUACUAUAUCAUCAAGCCCCAAAAUCGAUGAAUUGGUCGGUAAAAGUGCACUAUCGAUUAACAAUUAUAAAUUUCCCGAAAUCGAUGUUGAGGCCGAUGAUAACGCGAGCGGAAUUCAUUUUACCGUUGAUCGACGAAUGUCGAAAAAUCGAUUGGGAUCAACAAACAGUAUUCACAGUAAUGCGGGGAGCGUGCCACGAGUCAACACCGUCACCAAUGUAUUUCGACGUUUCUUCAGCCGGGAAGAUUCACGAUCUCCAAAUACACCAGAAGGUUCCCUACCAACACCAACGCUGGGCCAUUCAUCUAGUACCAUCAGUAUGGCGGGUCCAAAGUUCCCGCAAGGAACGAUGCGUAUCGCUGAUCAAGUGAUCGAAGAGGUUGACGAACAGAUGACCAUCACUUCAAAUCGUGGCCAUGAUUCACGUCCCACAGCUCAAAGUUUGUUUGCGCCGAACAAUGAGAAGAUACCGACCCGAAGCCAACCGAUUGACGUGCCCGGUUCAAAUCGCAAUAACAUCGAGUACGAGCGUGUUCAAUCUGUGAUGCAACAAGAACAUCAGCCAUAUUUGUUUCCGAGCGAUGCCUUUUUCAGUUCGUCAGCACCCGAAGAAGGAGUUAACAUACCACUACCAAAAAUUUGUGUUGAAAAAUCCGUAGAGUUCAAGAAACGCACACCAACUGGAUCCACCGAUAAAUUAGCUGAAGAAGAUGUUGAUUGUACAACAGCCAAUGACAAUCCCACGGACGAUGAUUUCGAGCAAUUGCGUUUGGCUCGCGAAAAAGAGCGACUCGAGAAGCAAAAACAGAAAAUUGCGCGUACGAUAAGCCAUCAAACUGGCGGUAUACCAAUAGACUCCGAACUACUGAUCGAGCAAUUGACAAAUUCCAAAGGCGAUGGAAUCAACCGAACAUCCUACAUCGAACCAAAUUCGUAAAGCACAACAAUUUUAACGCACCACUUUUCUCGUUAGAAAUGGACAUUUUCGCUUCAAACUCUCACAGACGAAACGAAGCAGGUGAAUGACGAAUACGCGCAUUUGUUGUACAUUAACCCUUUUUUUUCUCUUGCAAACUCAAGGGCCUCAUUUUGUGAUCGAUAUUUAAUAACAAAAAAAAAGAAAAAAACUCUUCAAUCAAACAAAUUAAAUCUCGUACAAAAAAACGUACUUUUAUUGUAUUAUACUAAUUAAUUUAUAGCUGCAAUUUGAAAGAAAAAAAAUAAGAAACCAGAUCGCAUCGAUGCGAUAAUUGUAUUUGAUUGAAUUGCUUCAAGAGAAAAACAACAACCAUGUAUUAAGUAAAAUGAUAAAGCUUUAUUGUUGAUAACGAUUAUUACUGCCUAGAAUAAGGAAAGAGACGAAAAUCAAAUUGUGACUUUAUCUGAUUUUUUUUUGCUUGUACUAUUAUUAUUAUUAUUGAUUGAAUGAAAAGAACAAAUUGAAUAAAACUUAAACACCGAACGGAAACUAUCAAA